AAUGUCUAUAAAAUCAUUUGACGACUUACUCCAUAUUAUAAAAGUAGAUAUUACUGGUGAAUCAACAAUUUUAAGAAACUCAAUUUCUCCAGAAGAAAAACUUGUUAUAACGUUAAGGUUGCAUAUUUGUUUGGCUAAUUGAAUAAAGAUGGUUCCUCCUCGAUUUUAUCCUUACAGAAGUGAAUUGUGGCGUGUAAAUAUUGAGGAUGUGCUGCAUCAAAACUCAAAAGGGUUCCACUCGUGCCAUAGAUGCUUUGAAAUAGGACAUAAUAAACGACAAUGCACUGAACCUAAGAAAACUGCAUUGUGUUUUUUAUGUGGGCAAUUUGGCCAUUAUGAAAAGAACUGUUUAACAGGAAGUUGUGAAAAGUGUUUCUCCCUCAAACACAGAACAAAAAAUUGUAAAAUGGUCAACAGUGAAAAAUUUUCGGUGCCAUGUGCCUUAUGUAAUUGUGUUGGUCAUGAACAAAGUGACUGCCCAGAUUUUUGGAGAAGAUUUCAUUUAACAACAGACAGUAAUAAAAUGGUGAAAAGAAAUCGAACUGUUAAUCAAAGGGUAUUUUGUUAUAAUUGUGGAACCGAUGGACAUUUUGGAUUUAAAUGUGAUAGUCCUAGAAUGAACGAAAAUACCUUUCCUACAACACCAAUGAUUGUAGACUAUAGUCCACUCUAUGAAAUGGAAAUUGUUGAUAAUACAGGAUCUGAGGUGUCAUGUUUCAACAAUGAUUCACUUAUUAAAUUAGUAAGAAAUUAUCCAUCUCUGUUUGAUAAAAAUCAUAAAAAUUAUGAAGAUAGUGCUUUGAAAGCAAACCAAUGGUCUGAAAUAGCAACAGAGUUGAAUUCAACAGUUGAAAUUGUUAAAAAUCAGUGGGUGAGCCUUCAAGAUCAGUAUAUAAAAGAAAAACAUGCAUUGACUCUUUCCAAUGAAUCAGAAAAUGGUGAAACAAAAAAAUCAAACUGGGAUAUUUAUCCAAUUUUAGAUGAGUUUUUAAAAAUGUAGAACGUAAGGAGUAAGUUUAAGGAACUGCAGAUAAUGUAGAUUCCAGCCUUAUGACAAAUACUGAUAUUUCUGGAGAGGUCACUUCAAAUAUUGCUGCACCAAAUGAAGCUAUCUCAUCAGUACUGUCUGCAUCUAAGCCAUCCACAUUUGUACCAUCUUCAGCCACAUCAUCCACUCCUGUACCGUCUGUAGUUAUACCAUCCAUACAUGAAACAUCAGUUUUCAUCCCAAAUAAAAAUACAGAGGAGGCUCUUGCCGAACAGAACUAUCAGAAACAAGAGAGAACCGAUUCAAAAUGCGACAUAUCAGACUCUCGUCAAAAGUUAAACAAAACAUUGAAAACCAUCUGUGAUAUUGGAAAUGAUGAAAUUGUAUUAUAUUGCCAAAGUCUAGCAUGUAGAUUUAAAAAAAUUGUCAGACGAAAGAAAAAGACGUGUGCAAUAAAAAAUUGAAGAAUUAAUGUAUGAAGCGGAAAAGAAAGAGAACAAUAAAUUUUUUCGGUACUUCUGAAUCUUUAUCCCAGAUGGUGGCACCGCCCUGGCGACCAACAUCUCAACUAGUACUUGUAUCCCCUCGAAACAAAUUAACUCGGCCAGUUGACCUACCAACAGACGUGUUUUCCAAACCUUUGUGAGAAAGAAAAAAUGUCUAAAUUAUACGAUUUACCAUGCGAGUUUUGCUGUGAGUCUGUCUACCAAAAAUUUGGAUUACAGAGAUGAAUUAUAUACAUAGUAACAUACAGCAGUCCAGAUACAGAGUGAAUAAUCAAGUAAAAUAGAAAU